AUGGUACUUCUGAUUGCCAGUCCUUUCAACAAAUCCGAGUCGGUGGGCAAGGGCGAAAGGAGCAUGGCAAUUCGCAUUCGCGGUGGAGAGAGGGAGACGGGGGUGGUGUUGGAGGGAGAAUUUCACGGCGCGAAAAAAGCUCUCGUCGGAAAAAUAAAUCGUCAUGCACUUACUCCGUACAGCGCCGUCGCGUCACAGAACGAUGCGACUGUUCAAGUAGCCGCAAAGUGCGACUGCGACUGCGACUGCGACGGACGGAGGUUGGGGCGGGUGGACGGCUCUCGGGCAGUUCUCGAAUUUCGAGUCUUUUCGGGCGGGAUUACUGGGGCAAAAGUGGCAGGCACGGAAGGGCAGCUCAGCGUGGGCAGGCAGGUCCAAACAACCUACCAGUACCUUACCUGGAAGGCCCGAGUCAAAUGGAAAUUCAAGGCCCGUGACUUGAGACGGUCUCGCGUCACCUUUGUCGCUGGCUCCAGAGUCAACAAUACAAUAUCCAUCCUUACGUCGAUUGUAAAUCCUCCACUUUCCCAGCCUCCCCGACAUUGCCUUGAUCUCGUCUUUUCGUCACUGGCAAUUUCGCCCAAGAGGCUGCGAUCCCGCGACGUCUUUCAUAUUGUUUUCUUUCAGAAAUUCGUCGUUUCCGUUGCCCUUCGUCAGCUUUGCCUCUAUCUUAAUGUGUACUCUAUGAGCGACGUUUUGCGACGAAAGACACGAACCCAAUACGACACGCCGCCCUGA